GCAUCAGCAGUAAUUGUGUGUGCAUCACAUUGCUGUUCAGUAGGUGCCAGUUUGGAGUUCUGUUAAUAAAAGAUCUGCAUUUUUCUUUCAUCUAUAGUUGUUUGGUAGCUAUUCAGUCCUGUGUAAAUGAUGUCUAGCAUGUAAUCCUUUUUUAUUUAUUUAUUUAUUUUUGCUUCCCUGUUUGCUUCUAAGAAUUUGUGCAUGCAGAGAUAAAAGCAGGAGAGAAGCUGUUGCCUAGGCAGGAGGCUCUAAUGAGGACCUGCACCCCUGGGAGCUGAAAUCUGAUGCGGAGUGAGAUCGCCUUCCUGCUUGUGUGGUGAUUGCUGCUUCAUUUGCUUCCCCCUCUGUCAAAGACUGGCCUAGGCAGGAGCUGUCCGUGGUCCUGGAAUGCAGUCUGAGGGGGCUGGUGAAUGUUGACAGAUUGCAACCCAGACACAGAGAGAGAGAGAGAGAGAGAGAGAGAGAGAGAGAGAGAGAGAGAGAGAGAGAGAGAGAGAGAGAGAGAGAGAGAGAGAGAGAGCGCUAAAAAGGGAUGAGAUUUGCUUCGCUGUUGAAGGUAGGCUUGCUCUUUGUCUCGUGAUUUACAAUUACGAAUCCCUAAUUAAUCUGCUGCUGCAGCUUUGACAGACUGAGGCAGCUAAAGAUUGCAAGCCUGCCGGUGGUGGUCACGGGAGAGAGAUAAUACCUCAAGCCAGGCGGAUCCCAACCUUCUGUAUCUAAGGGGCAUGAAGAAGCAUCUUUCUUGAAAGUAGGUCUCCCCACUUGUUUUGAUUUUUGUUUGCCAGUGGUGUCUGUGUUUUGUCUUUACAAAUACCAUGUGCAAAUGAAGCUUGCUAGUGAGCCUGAUGUGUCUGCAUUAGGUUGUGUUGUUCUGUUCUGUGUGGUAAAGUGGAUAAAAAAGCAUCCAGCUUCCUCUUUGCUGGACAUCCAGGCAAGGUACAAUUUGCAGCUUCCCCUUGUCUCUUUUCUCUGUGAUGGGGGAAUGAAGAAGCACUGUUUGGUUCCAUUACACCACUGAAAUAUUUUGCAACCAAUUUGAAAAGGAAUUGCAUUGCGGACAUGAAGAUGGUUAUAGUCAAAUUGACACUAAUAUGGGAUUCCAAGGAGCUGCUCCAAGCCUUUUCUGUAUGAAAACAUGACUUCAAAAGUGAAGAAUAUUUAUUUUUGAGCCAUUAACUGGCCAUUUUCUUAUGGUGCUGAAAUCUACCUUUUUACCUGCACUGAAGUUAACUGCAGAAAAAGGCUUUGCUAAGAAGAAAUUAACCACAGAGCUAGAUUCAGCAUUUUUUUGAAGUACUUUCUGAUUGCCUUUGAGAAACAAUGAAUUCAAAAGAAGAAGAAGCCACUUUGACUCGGUUUUUCCAGUAUGUUGAAGACAGAGGACUCCGAGUCUACGAUGGUUUGGUUAUACAGAAUGCCUCAGACAUUGCCAGGGAGAAUGACCGAAUGAGGAAUGAAACCAACUUAGCUUACCUGAAAGAGAAAAAUGAGAAAAAUAGGAGGCAGGAAGAGGCAAUAAAACGCAUCGGGGAGGACGUUGCAAGAGGAGGCGAUGGUGGCUAUGUGGGAAAGCAUUUCCGAAUGGGAUUUAUGACAAUGCCUGCCCCACAGGACCGACUACCCCACCCUUGUGGGGUUGGAUUUUCUGUUAGGUCACAGUCUCUGCACUCAGUUGGGGGUGGAGAUGAUGACGGUGUCAAUUCACGCAAGCAGCCUCCCCCCAAACCCAAACGGGACCCCAACACUAAGUUGAGUAGUUCCUCAGAAACUGUCAAUGCCGGGACAACAUGUAAAGCAUGGAAGGAUUUGGAUAAAAAUGACGCAUCAACGAAACCAAGGCCAUAUAGUGAUGAAUAUACAAAGAAGAUCCCCCCUCCAAAACCCAAAAGAAAUCCUAACACUCAGCUGAGCACGUCUUUCGACGAGUCGUACAUCAGGAACCACUGCUCCAUGAAGUCAUCAAAGAGGGAAAAGUCCUCUUCACAGACGCACAGUCCAGCCCGAGACACUGACGAGGAUGAGCCUGUGUACAUUGAAAUGGUGGGAAAUAUACUAAGAGACUUCAAGAGGGACAAUGAGGACCAAAGUGAAGCGGUAUAUGAGGAAAUGAAGUACCCUAUAUUUGAUGAUCUUGGCCAGGAUGCCAAGUGGCCCGUUAUUUGCAAUUAUGAAAACGUUAGCUGUACUACUCCUACAGUGCCUGAUCUGGAAUUAAUUAAAUCCAUGGUGCCAUCAGCUCCGAAGGGCAUGCUUUGUGAAAUCCCACCCCCCUUUCCAAAUCUGCUGUCCCACAGACCACCACUGCUGGUCUUUCCACCCGCACCGGCGCAGUGUUCUCCAAACUCGGAUGAGUCUCCUUUGACCCCUCUGGAAGUCACCAAGCUGCCCGUUCUGGAAAACGCUCCUUAUAUAAAGUCUGGAGUUUCUCCCUCUACUGCAUCACCUCAGACCUCCAUCCACCACAAAAUAGAAAAGGAGCUGCCUGCGAUGCACACCAGCACAGCUUCUGGACGCUCGUCUGCCCCGCCUCUUCCGUCAAACUUGUACAAAUCAUCGGCUUCCGCUCACGGAUAUCCCAGGAGCCACUCAGCUUGCCCGUCUCCCGUGAGCAUGGGGAGGUCUCUAACUCCCUUAAGCCUCAAGAGACCCCCACCCUAUGAAUCUUUACAUUCAGGGAGUAUCCCCAGAAGCUAUUCUUCAGUGCCUCACUCGUCAAUCAAGAACACUUCACAGGAAGGGACGAAACUGGCAAACUCCUCCUCCAGUGCACAUGGCUCCAUGCAAAACGUGUCCCGGUCAAGAACACCCACAAGUCCUUUAGAUGAACUAGCAAGCCUUUUUACCUCAGGGCGGAGCCUUUUGAGGAAAUCUUCCAGUGGCAGGAAAUCCAAGGAGUCUGCAGAGAGUGAAGCAAAGAGCAGAAGCCACAGCACUGAGCCUCUUCUCAAGCACGAGAGCAAAGACAAAGGGUGUCACGGGACCAUGAAAGAGCCGAAGGCGGCCCAUGAAUGGGACGAUGAGCCUGGACAACCAGCAACAGCAACAUCCAGUCGGCUAGGAAGAUCGUCUGUCAGCCCAACUUUAAUGUUAGAGAGCAGCAGUUCAGAAUCGAAAGCAGUUUGCAAGCUAGGCAGAUCUGCAUCCACCUCAGGUGUGCCUCCUCCCUCCGUCACCCCCUUCAGGCAAGGCAGCGAGAUGCAACAGAGCCAGGUAUCACAUAUGCAAUGGGUAUACGGGGACAACACCAUGAUGGAAAUGAUAGAGAAGAAGCGCUGCCUAUGCAAAGAGAUCAAGGCGAGACAGAAACCCGAUAAAGGUCUUUGUAAACAGGACAGCAUGCCUAAUCUGCCAAGCUGGAAAAAGAACAAUGGAAACAAGAAGUACAGUCCUCCCCCCUACACCACACAAACUACUGUGUUCUGGGACACGGCCAUCUGACAAAGUCCUGGGUGGAACAUAUUCUCCUGGGUUGCAACCUUUGACCUGUGCAGGUAGAUCAAAGGUUUCCUUAAUAGGGUGACAGUUGUGACCUAUGGCUUUACUAUCGGAACUAGGCAAUACAGAAGAAAAUGGGAGCUGUCCAAAAACGUAGCAAAUGUAUACCCGAGGGUUCAGAUUAUCAUGUUUUCUUAUUACUGAUUAUAUUUCAUAUUUUUCUAUUGGAAUAAAUGUCUUAAUAUUAAAUCUGUUUAGUAUUACCUAGAUAUUUUCUAAACAAACAAAAAAAGUAGAUUUAGAAUGAUUCAACAUGUUUUUGAUCUUGUUUUAGUUGUACUUUUGUUGCAAGACGCCCAUAGUUCUUUAUCAAUUAUUAGUACCAGUAUGUUAGGCCAAUUAGUGAGCCUUUCACUUCAUCUUUUUUUUUUGUAAUUUUCAAAAUUAAUUUUCCUACGACUAUAUUAAAAACAAAAUAAUAAUAUUUUAAUGGACGUAUAUUUUGAGAUCUGUAUUUCGAACAUUUUAUCUAUGAGACAGCUUGAAUUUUAUUAAGACAAACCAGCCCGGUUAACUAAGUUAAAAUGUUUUAUUGUGUAUGUGCUAUUUGAACUAUCUGGUUCCACAUGCUCCAGUAUUCUGAUGAUUUGCAAUCUUGUGCACUACCCCUUAAAUUAAUGGAAAAAUAUCUGUGUGACGGAAUACCCCAUUCAAUCCCCAUUCAAUCAAAAACAAAUGAUUAUUGAGUAAAUAGCUUAUUUCUUGUCUUUCACAGCUGGGGACUAGAGACAUUAUAAACUUACUGUUUAUCAGCAACAUGCAUAGCAAGCUGCUGAAAUACAUUUUUUUAUGAGAAAUUCUACCAGCAUGUUGCUAAAACUCAAAUCUGGAGGCCAGUUGUCAUCAACAGAAGUACUGCACCUGUGCUGUCAAUCUUUUGAUUAAGUAGCAACCACUUCCAAUUAGUAUUGAAGCGUGUUUCACAGAAAACCCUCAUAAGAAUUGUUUGGCUUUCAGAUAUCAUCUACAGGUGUUUGGUCCAAUUUACACAUCUGGGUGGUGUGUUAAUGCGUUCUCUCAGUGGUGUUGUGAUAGCAACCACCACAAACCCUCUUGAACUAAGAGCAUCUGCAGAGGUUGAAUUGAUGAAUUUAGACCCCAGGCCUGUCAAUAGUUUGUUUUUAGUGAAUAGCUAGCUACAUACCAUUGCAGCAAUGGCACAUCUGCUCAUUAAUAAGGUCAAAGCCAUCAACUCCAUCCAUCAGUUUUCAAGGCUAGGGCUGUGAGGUACUGCUCACCUAGUCAGCCAACUUCUUAGCAGAGAGACACUACAGUCAGGUGCUUUUUGGUCCCAGCCAGAUGAUUCAAGAUCAAAUCCAGACCCAGGCAACUGACCAGCCACAAUUUGGAUAUGGGCUUGAAUCUCAAUUUGGACUCAAAGAGCAGAUCUUUGAUCCCUAGAUACACGGAGAGCACAAAUACACCGUUUUGCACUAAAUUUCUUUACUUAUGCUUACAGUGAUCAAAAGACAGACAGUAUGGAGUGUGAUUUUGCAUUUGGAAUGCCAGAAAUACUGGGGAUUAACAGUGUACCUCAACUGUAUUCAGCAGUGCUUUAUUGAACCUUCAGUAAACUCAUUUUUCAGUGAGCACUAAAACCAAAAGGAAUUGGACUUCAAGAUGCACUUGUUAGCAAUGUCGUUAGUUUUACAAUAACUGUUUCCUGUCCUAGUGACUGUGUAUCUGAAGCUAUCUUAAAGUAUCCCUAUGGCUUGACCAGCACAGUCAUACACUUCCUUGAGCCUUAGAAAAACAAAAAUAGUCAAGUCUUAAAAUACAGAUAUAAACUACACCAAACUCAACUACACAGUGAUUGGAAUAGGUGUGGAGGUGGUGCUACAGCUAAGGCAUGACAAAGAGUCUUUAAAAUACUAGCAAGUACACCUUACAGAAGCCCUGAACCGCACAGUGAAAAUAAAAAUGAAGGCGAUUAUCUCGUACGUAUGUGCGAGUUUGUUUGUGGUACAUCCGAGAUAGAUAUAGAGAUAGUUUAUCAUACAUACAAGAAACUAUCUUGUACCUAUGAGAAACUAUCUUGUAUCUACUAGAUAAUCUCCUUCAUUUUUUUUUUUCACUGUGCUAUAUAGGGCUUCCAUGACCCCUCUUAAACAAACCCCUUGUGCUCCUGUGAGAGCUUUUAGCAGGAUAUUCAAGUCACACAAGUAUUGAACAGCUUGCAAUGACACCUUUGAUUAUAAUAAUUGCCUUGAGGAGACCAUGGUUCACUGUGACUAAAGGUAGCGGGUCACUUAAGGGUUAAAUGAUAGGGUAGUAUUGAGGCUGGUGGCCUAAAUCACUGUAAAAAUUUAAAGAUAUGUUACUUAGGGAUACUAUUGAAAAACAGCUGUGUUGUUUAAUAUUGUUUGGCUUGCAAAUAAAAAAAUAAAGAUAAAAACUAAAAACAACUCAGUAACACUGUUACUGCUGUACCAAAUAUAAGUUUAAAGGAAACUCAGACAGGUUUCUAAUCAACUAAUAAUAGGAUAAACAUUGAAAUAAAAUGUGCAAUCCUUUGUUUAAAAAAAAAAAGCUUUGGUGAGCAACCUCUUUAUUAAAAUGCAGAAGAGGUUAUAAAAUAUGUCCACAUAAUGUGUGUCUUGAGCUAUGAUAUGCGCAAAUCAAUUAUGAAAUGAUUGUUUAUCAUUCACUUUUUCUGCUUCUUUGCGUGCAGAUAUUAAAUGUAAUACUAGUGUACAAUUUAUUUUGUGUAAGGUGCACUGUGAUUUAUAAAGAAUGCACAGUAACGUCACAGUUUUUUGUCUUUAUUACACUGAAAGUGUUUCUUUUUUAUUUUUGAAAUAUGUUGAAAAGUAUGUUUGUUGUACUACUGUUUCCUUUUGAAAACCUACAGAUUCUAAAACAAAUAAAUAACAUUUUUGAAAAGAAUUAGAAAUGCAGAAUUAUUCAGUAGCCUGUGUGUCAUUUUACAACAGAUAAAAAUAAGUCAAGAUCUUAUGUACAUUCUAACUUGAACUGUUUACAAGUAACAAAAUAAUUGAAUGUUUUAAUUAGAAUCCAUGUUGACAAACAUAUCAUGUGUGUGUCUCACUAGUAUAUCACAUUCAGAGUUUAUUUAUUAAAAUGACUGGAGCAGAUUAAUCAUGUUAUUGCUCUCAUUUUUUUGCGCACAAUAAAAGC